CAGAGAGAGGUCAUGGGAGCACACAAGCAAAAUGGGGAAAUCAACUACUGUCGAAGACCUCCUGACAGGCCGUUCUUGCAGAAGAUAAAGUAUGCUCUGUGGAACCCUGAGGAGGGCAAGGUUCUCGGUAGAACGCCUCAUCGAUGGGGUGUGAUCGGUCUUAUCUAUCUGGUGAUGUACAUCUGCAUUAUCAUCUUCUUCUCCAUCUGCAUGACCGGCCUGCUGUACACCAUGGACGAGAAGAUACCCUACUUCCAGUUAGCUGACUCCAUCAUCGGUGACAACCCCGGGAUGGGUCACCGCCCGCUGAUCUUCGAGGAGGGCGCCCUCAUCUGGUACAUUAAGGGCAACAAGACGCAGUACCAGAAAUACAUCGACAAUCUCAACGAAUUCCUUCUCCCGUAUGAAAACAAGUCAAUGCUGAUCAACAAAGGCGUCAACCAGAUAGACUGCCCGAACGAGUUGCGACCUCCGCGCGACGAGGUCUGUGCCUUUGACGUCACGAAGAUUGGGGCUUGUACCAAGGACACUGACUACGGGUACAGCGGUGAUAAGCCUUGCUUCGUCAUUAAACUGAACAAGUUGUACGGCUUCAAGCCUGAUUACUACGACACACUGGAGGACCUGCCUGAAGACAUCCCCCAACACAUCAGGGACUACAUGACGGAACAUACAGCGCCUGAAGAGCGUCGUAAAGUGUGGGUCUCGUGUGCUGGAGAACGCGGCGCAGAUCGUGACGCUCUGGGUGAUCUGAAGUACUACCCUCACCCCGGCUUCUCUCAGUCUUACUUCCCUUACGACAACACCGCUGGGUACCUCAGUCCUCUGGUCUUCGUCGAGAUGCAGAACCCUGGACGUCGACAGAUCCUGAACAUUCGCUGCAGGGCUUGGGCCAAAAACAUCAGAUACUCUGAAAGUCUCAAGAACCGACUCGGCUCCACACACCUGGAGAUCAUGAUUGAUUGAAUUCAACAUACGGUACAGAAACUCCGUUUUUUUUCUAAUGAGUCCCAACAUGUAAACAUACUUCAGAGUAGAAUACUUAUUAUUGACAAGUUUAUUUGUUUACAAAUUUGUUAGAAAAAAAACAGUUGAAAGUCGUUCAAUAUUCAUUUCGCUACAACUUUUGAACUGAAUUUUUGAUCAAACAUAUCUAAGAACCACCGAAUAAAAAUUAGCUAUCAAAUAAAAAAAAACCGUAUCCAAAUCGGAACACCCGUCGAUGAGCUACGGUGCCACGUACACAGACAGACAGACACACUUAGCGGUCAAACUUAUAACACCCCUCUUUUUGCGUCGGGCUUAAAAAUAAAUAUCUUAGUUCCAAGAUAUACAUUAUUUGACCACGAAAGUAAUUUCUUAAAAAAUAUUUUAAUUUAUAUUUCUGUAAAAUAA